UCCUGAGUCAAUUGUUCAAUAUCCUAUUCGAAAUAUCGCCGCACCGGAAGACAGAGUGGGCAAAGCAUUGCUUUUGCAGCUUCCACGUUAUCGAUCUAGGAGCUUGGACCUCCCACACAACUUUCCCCAGGUCUCGUGCAGUCGGUGUGCGAUUCACCCACAAACCGCUCACCACCUUCCUCCGUCUUUUCUCCCCCCAUAUCGCAUUCAAGAUGGCUGCCGAACCGAAGCCGCUGCCGUUCAUCUACCAGUUCGCGGCCGGUGCCGUGGCCGGUGUGUCUGAAAUUCUGAUCAUGUACCCGCUGGAUGUGAUCAAGACCCGAGUACAACUCCAGACGGGCAAGGGCACCGGCGAAGGACAUUACACCGGCAUGGUCGACUGCUUCAGGAAGAUCGUCAAGCAUGAAGGUGCUUCGAGAUUAUACCGCGGUAUCACCGCGCCCAUUCUCAUGGAGGCGCCCAAGAGGGCCACCAAGUUCGCAGCCAACGACUCCUGGGGCGCCUUCUACCGCAACGCCUUCGGGCAACCCAAAAUGAACCAAUCGCUCUCCAUCCUCACGGGCGCCACCGCCGGCGCCACCGAAGCCUUCGUCGUCGUGCCCUUCGAGCUCGUCAAAAUCCGGCUGCAAGACCGCGCCCAAGCACACAAGUACAACGGCAUGCUGGACUGCGUGAUGAAGAUCGUGCGGCAAGAAGGCCCGCUGACGCUCUACCAAGGCCUGGAGUCCACAAUGUGGCGCCACAUCCUCUGGAACGCGGGCUACUUCGGCUGCAUCUUCCAGGUGCGCGCGCUGCUGCCCAAGGCGACGAACAAGAAGUCGCAGAUCUCGAACGACUUGAUCUCCGGCGCCGUCGGAGGCACCGUCGGCACCAUCCUCAAUACCCCCAUGGACGUCGUCAAGUCGCGCAUCCAGAACUCGCCCAAGGUCGCCGGCAUGGUGCCCAAGUACAACUGGGCGUGGCCGGCGCUGGGCACAGUCAUGCGGGAAGAGGGCUUCGGCGCCUUGUACAAGGGCUUCUUGCCCAAGGUGCUAAGGCUAGGUCCGGGCGGUGGUAUUCUACUCGUCGUCUUCACGGGUGUGAUGGACUUCUUCCGGAAAAUGCGCAAUGAGUAGACGAGGGAAAAGCCGCCGUGGAUGGCAGUACGCGAGUGUGCUAGAGAUGCGUCCUCGAUACCAAUAUCCCUCCCCGCGUUCCCCGUUGAGUCGUCUCAUAGCUGCACCGCGGCAUAUAGACUGUACAUCCUGUAACUGCUCGGCUAUGUCUGUAGAGUAGACCACAUCAAAUCAGCCAAAACAUCAAUCCUGCCUCCUGUCUGGCGAAUGUCACACGUUCGCUACAGAAGAGGCACUCAAAUCGUAGGGUAACGUGAAGAGACGCUUUUUGCC